AUGAUGCAGCUGCAUCGUAGCCUCGCACGGAAGUGGACCCCGCCAUCGGCCUGCCGCGGCUGCAUUGCCGUUGAAGCUGAGCUCACCGACGUUGGCCGAGCGGCGGGCGGCAACAGCUCCAACACUUCGUCACUCUUUUCUCCUCCGAAACCCCUCUACUCGGAGCCCAUGUCGCUAUUCGCGGGCCAGCGCAUCCUUGCUCGCUGGAAUUCUUCCAAGGCCGCAGACCCAAUACCUUCCAAGUCCGAUGCAGCGAAAGCAUCACCCGACUCCAAAUCUCAACCUGACUCACCUGUCAAACCGUCCACUGCUCCCGCCUCAUCGUCUGGUAUCUUUGCAAAAGUCCGCGAUGCCCUUCUCAAGUCGGCCUCCAAAGCAGCUUCCCGUAAUGGCACCGGUUCGGGCUCAGAAGAAACAGUCGCCCCUCCUACCUACCCAGACAUGAAGCGUCUCUUCUCCCUUGCAGGACCGGAGCGCAAGACCCUCGUCUUCGGCCUCUGCCUCCUCCUUGUAUCGGCAAGCAUAUCCCUCCUCGUCCCCUUCGCCAUCGGCAAAGUUAUCGACUUCUUCACCUCCUCUCAGGACGAGAAAGGUGGUGAAAAGACCAUCUUUGGUCUCGGCUUUAAGUCCGUCGCAGCACUGAUGGUCUUCGUCUUUGCGACUGGAGCGGCAGCUAGGGCGGGCUCGUCCAUCAUGCUCAAUUUGGCGGGAGUGCGCAUCGUGCAAGCGAUCAGGCAGCGCUGCUUUGGAAAUGCAGUCAAGCAGGAAGUUGAGUGGGCCGACAAGUCGCACGGGGAUGUUAUCUCGCGACUGUCGGUAGACACGUCCAUUGUGGGCGAUGCCGUCACGUACGAGCUGGGCGACGGAUUGAGGGCAGGCUUGACGGUUCUCUUCUCUGGCACGACGAUGUUUCUCAUCUCUCCCGCCCUCACGCUCUUGAUGAUGGCUGUCGUGCCCCCCGCUGCUAUCGGCGCCGUCUUCUACGGGCGAUACCUGCGCGACUUGACAAACAAGGUGCAAGAGGCCGUAGGACAGAUGACACGGACAGCGGAGGAGCGUUUGAACUCGCAGGCUUUCCGAACGGUGACGGCCUUCAACGCGCAGCGCAGCGAGCAACGCCGCUUCGAUGAGAAGGUCAACUCGAUCGCCAAGCUGGAGACAAAGGAGACGUACGCCACUGGCUUCUUCUACGCCGGCACGGGAUUUGUGGGCAACUGCUCUAUCCUCGUCCUCCUGACAUACGGAGGUACCCUGGUGUCGCGCGGCGUCAUCACAGUGGGCGACCUCACAUCUCUACUCAUGUACACCGCCUAUCUCGGCGGUGGUCUGGCCAACUUGACUUCCUUCUUCGCCUCCCUCAUGAAGGGCGUCGGAGCCGGAGCGCGUGUGUUCCAGCUAGUUGACAGGGAGAGCGAGAUCAAGCUUGACCAGGGACGCGAUCUCACUGAAGCAGAGAAGCGAUCAGCGCGCAUCGAGUUCAAGAAUGUGCACUUCGAGUACCCCUCCCGCCCUGGAGUCAAGGUGCUGGAUGGGGUUGACCUCACAAUCGAGAGGGGAGAAUCCGUCGCUCUCGUCGGAGGGAGCGGUGUAGGCAAAUCGUCUGUCCACUCCCUCCUACUCCGCUACUACGACCCGACACAUGGCAGCAUCACCUACGGCGGGGCGCCUAUCACCGACAUCCUCCCUGCAGCUUUGCGAGACCAACUCGCCGUAGUCACGCAGGACCCGAUCCUCUUUGCCGGUACAGUCUUCGACAACAUUGCGUACGGGUCCGACCCGACCCCCUCUCGCCAGCAGGUGGAAGAGGCAGCGAAGAUGGCCAACUGUUGGGAGUUUAUCGAGCAGUUGCCCAAGGGACUCGAUACUGAGAUCGGGGCAAGGCAGCUCUCCGGUGGACAGAGGCAACGUGUGGCUAUUGCGAGGGCUCUUUGCCGACGGCCCAAAGUGUUGCUCCUGGAUGAGGCGACUAGCGCGCUUGAUGCGGCGUCGGAGCAUUUGGUCAACCAGUCGAUCAGCGAGAUCAUUCGCAAGGGAGACAUCACGGUCUGGAUCGUGGCGCAUCGUCUCAGUACGAUCAGGAGUGCGCAGCGUAUUGUAGUGCUCAAAGGCGGAAAGAUCGUAGAGAGUGGCUCCUUUGAGGCACUAGACAAGCCGGGCAGCGCGUUCAGGCAGUUGAUUGGGAGUCAGAUCGAGAGGGACGAUGAGGGCGCAAGUGAAGUGGUGGAAGACGUGGAGCAGCAGCAACGAGAGAUCCCAUCUAGCGUGAGCGCGGCAUCGCCAAGUGGGCGUCGCUCCUUGCACACCUCGGCUCGUCAGCGCCAGUCCAACUCUGGAGAGAAGGCUCGCGACGAGCAAUUGCACUUCGUCUCCUCUGGCCCUGCGUCCAUCUCAUCCUCAUCCUGUCGCCACCCAGCGAUUCCCUCCAAGCCCACCUGGUCAGUCACCUCCCUCCUCUCCUCUGCAAGCGAAGACGAAGGCUUCACGACCGCCCAGCUCGCCCAUCUGCACAAGCUUUGCGCGCUCGAGAUGCCUACCGAUCCGGAGGAGGUGCAGAAGCUCAAAGAUGAGAUGCGCGAAACGAAGCGAUUGAUCGAUGUGGUCAGGCGGACGCCGAAGCUUGACUUGAGGGAAGACGAGGAGGGGACGGUGGGGCUAGUGGAUGGGCGGGUAAGGGAUGAGAUGCGACACGAGUACGAGGAGAUGGACCAAGAGGUGGAAAGGCAGGAGGUGAAGAUAGAUGAGGAGGAAGGAACGCGCAUUCUCUCGACGGACGAAGCAUUGAAGGGUGCAAAGAGGACGAGAAGAGGAUUCUUUGUUGUUGAGAAGGGGGCGGGAGGCGCAAAGGAGGAGGAGUAG